GUUGGUAAAGUAACAGGUCUGCGGCCCCUCUGUGCACCAGAGCGAGCGAGCUAACAUGGUGGUAGAAUGCAGGCGGCGGUUAUCUCUUCAUUUUCUUUUCCUUCGUCUUUCGCCUCCUCUAAACGCCUAAAAAUGACUACGGCGUCUCCGGAUUUCUCCCGCCGCCCAGGGGUUUCCACGCUAUUGCUGCUGCUCGUGGCGGUGGUGCUCCUUUCCUGCUUCCUCCUCCACACAGCUGUCCAAUUUCGAAUCACCACUAACAACGGAUCACCUCUCUAUUCGGACAGUAAACAGUAUAGUCUUGAAAGAGUUUUGAAGGUUGCUUCGAUGCCAGAUAACACAGUGAUCUUAACAACAUUGAAUGAAGCAUGGGCAGCUCCAAAUUCGGUGAUUGAUCUAUUUCUUGAGAGUUUCCGAAUAGGAGACCAAACCCGUUGGUUACUGAACCAUUUGGUGAUUGUUUCUUUGGAUCAAAAGGCAUUUUCCCGUUGUAUGGCUGUACACUCCCAUUGUUUUUCCCUUGUGACUGAAGGAGUUGACUUUUCACAUGAGGCUUAUUUCAUGACCCCGGACUACUUGAAGAUGAUGUGGAGACGGAUUGAUUUCCUAAGAUCUGUUCUUGAAAUGGGAUAUAACUUUGUUUUCACGGAUGCAGACGUUAUGUGGUUCAGAGAUCCAUUUCCUCACUUCCAUCCAGAUACUGACUUUCAGAUAGCAUGUGAUCACUUCUCAGGCAGAUCUGAUGAUCUAGAAAAUAAGCCUAAUGGUGGGUUCAAGUUUGUAAGAUCAAACAAACGAUCUAUAGAAUUUUACAAGUUCUGGCAUGCCUCUCGUGGAUUAUACCCUGGACUGCACGAUCAAGAUGUUCUUAAUAAGAUUAAGAACGACUCCUUCAUCCUGGAGAUGGGGCUUCACUUGAGAUUCUUGGACACUACAUACUUUGGCGGGUUCUGUGAACCCAGUGAAGAUCUGGAUGAAGUUUGUACAAUGCAUGCAAACUGUUGUUUGGGGUUGAGCAGUAAGCUUCACGACCUCAGAAUUUUGCUCGAGGACUGGAAAAUGUAUGUGUCUUCUUCCCCAGCAGGCUCUGAAUCAUCUGGUUGGAGAGUUCCACUGAAUUGCAGUCUUGAUUCGCUCCACCUUUAUGUUCAACAACCUGAUCCAACAUGGCCCAACUCAAUCUGAGUGACAACUUGCUCUGACCCUCCCUCGCCUGUGGAAGCACGGAUGGCUAGUAACAUCUGAAAAGUACGGCCAUCUAACAGUUAGGUAUUGUAUCAAGCCCGUAAGUACUGUAAAUCUCUUCUGCACACCUGAAAAAGGAAAAAGAAAAAACGAAACUUAGUUGUAAAACUGGUUUAAAUGGUGGCUGUAUUUUCCUAGUGAGCCAGCCUGUCUAUAUUUUAGUAUCAUCGUUGUCA